AUGGUCCACACAUCCGCAUUAUGUGUGGACCAUUGGUAGACCUCAGAGAGAGAGAGAGAGAGAGUCUAUUGAAAACGCGAAGCCAAGAGAGAGAAGGUGAGAUCAGAAAGCAACUCCGCUUGUUUUGAAAUUCAACCCCUCCAAAUUCUCCUAACAGUUCUUCACCAAAUCCCACAAGAAUAAAAACCCACCUCCCAAACCCUCAAAUCUUCAUUACCCAGAUACCAUUUCGCUCUGAUUUCUCUCUCACUAAAAAUCUUCCUCCGAUCUGUUCCCACUUUUUCCGGCUUCAAGAGCAAUUCAAUUUCUUCACCCGUUUCUAAAUAUCAGGUCUUAUGCGUGUUGUUUUAAUUUAGCUAUCUCUCUCUCUCCCUCUCUCUCUCUCUCUCUCUCCCCCCAAUUUUUCUGAUCCUUUUCGCUGUUGACCUUUCCUCAAUUUGAGACUUCGGCCAACUUCGAAUUUCCACUCGUUCAUUGAAUUCGGUUUCUUUUGACAACACAACCAAUUUUCACACCCGCUUUUCUCGGAAACCAAUCAUUUCCCUCCCCCUAAAACCUGCACUUUCUCCACAAAUUCGAGGUUGAAAUUCUGUAUCCCCUUUCUAUUGGCCCCCAAUUCAAACUCCCAUCUGGGAUUGCCCAAUUUAUUGGGCAUUGAAUUUCAUGUAAGUACAAAUUUGGAUCGAUCAUCUCUCUCCCAACCGUCAAUUUCUCCUCAAAUUCCACCCUUUUCACUUUCCCACCUUUUCUUGGCCGCCCAAAUCCAAAUUCCCAUCUGGGUCUCCCCAAUUCUUCAGAAAAUCAACAAUGGGUAUUCAAAAAGACAGAGUGAAAUUCAAUGUGGGAGGCAAAAUCUUUGAAACCACAGCCACAACCCUCGCCAACGGCGGCCGGAAUUCCUUCUUCGGCGCGUUAUUCGACGAAAACUGGAACCUCCAAACCCAAAACUCCGACGAGUAUUUCAUCGAUCGGAACCCUAAUUGCUUUGCUGUUCUAUUAGACCUCUUAAGAACAGGGGAGCUCUGUAUUCCUUCGCACGUCCCAGAAAAACUCCUAUACAGAGAAGCCCUGUUUUAUGGGCUCCUGGACCACGUCAGGUCCGCCAAGUGGGGCCCGUUCGACGGGAACAGGCUCCGGUUUUCGCGGUCGGUCCCCGGACAGGCGCCCGGAGACGGGACCGCGAUCCGUGCCGGGCCCCACGGUGGAUGCUGCGUGGCACAUGGGAGUGUUGUACAUGUCUAUGAUUGGAUGCUUCAAGAGCACCCUCUGAUAAAUCUUGAUUAUCAGAGGGUGAAUGAUGUUGGUUGGAUCGAUUCGGAGACGGUGGCAGUCACCGCUUGCGAGCGGCUGGGCCGCGGUGGCGGUGGGGCGGCUCUGUUUAGUGCAACUACAGGGGAGCUCAGGCAUAGGUUUGAGGUCACCCAUGAGGAUCAAGUGAAGAGCUACACAGCUGGUGCAUUGAGUUUCAGUUCAGAUAACAAGAUGUUUUCUAGCUGCAAAGGGAGGAGCAAUGAGUAUGGGAUUGGUGUUUGGGACCAAAUCACUGGAAAACAGAUAGAUUUCUAUUAUGAGCCAAUUGGGUGGUCACUGGGGGAUGCAGACAGGCUGCAGUGGCUGCACAACACCAACUGUUUGUUGGUUGCUACUUUGUUCCCUAGGAAGGACAACUGUUACAUCAGUCUGUUGGAUUUUAGGGAUAAAAACAUGGUUUGGUCAUGGUCGGACGUCGGUGCUCCGGCUACCGAUGAGAGGCGGGUCCGGGAUGCAAUUGCAAUGGAGGAGAGUGCUUCUAUGUGUGUGGUGAAUGAGUAUGAGGAUUUAGGGUUUAUGGAUUUGAGGAGCAGUGCUGGGAGUGUGAGGUGGUGCUCAAGGAGUAGGUUAAUGAAGGGGAAAAUGCCUGAGGAACCUUGUUACCCUAAACUGGCUUUGCAUGAGGGCCAGCUUUUUUCGUCGAUGAAUGAUAGCAUUUCAGUGUUCUCGGGUCCCGAUUGGGUGCUGACAUCGAGGCUUCGCCGGAGUUUUGGUGGUUCGAUUUGCGAUUUCUCGAUUGGCGGCGAUCGGCUUUUUGCUCUUCAUAGUGAGGAGAAUGUUUUCGAUAUCUGGGAGACUCCUCCGCCGCCUGUAGCCUAACCGGGCUCAAUGGUUGUCUUGUUUUGGUAUUUCGAUCUAAAGGGGUUUUCAGUUUGUUUAUUUAGAUUGUAGAAGAUGAAGUUUAUAUGAUGCUUACUAGUUAGAAACCAAUGUAUGUCUGUAGGGUUUUGUCAGUUUUGUGGAUAUACACUUUCUUACAUAUAUGACAAAGGAAUGAAAUUGAUUGCUUAACAA